AUGCUGGUGAUGUGUGAGGCGUUCAGGGUGGCGAUGAUCGAAGAUGGAUAUUUCGUCCACUUCUUUGCGCCCAUUGACCUUCAGUUUACCCCGAAGCACAUCACCUUUUUGAUUGACACUUCCCAGUCCAUGCUUGGUCACCGAGAUAACCUGACCAUGUUCGCCGCCCGAACCAUGUACACAAAGUCGUUCAGUCGUUCAGGUGAGUGUGGGCAUGAGUGUGGGCCACAAACAGGUGAAAGACGCCUUACGCCACAUCCUGACCGACCUCAACCAGGGAGACACCUUCAACAUCAUCCACUUCUCCUCCGCCUCCUACAAGCUGGGGACGAUGCGCUACACGGGGACGGCCGUGCGAAGGCGAAGAAGUUCAUCAACAGCCUGCACGCCAAGGGAGGGACGAACAUCAACGACGGCCUCAGGGUGUCAUUUGAGCAGGAGAAUAACAUGGGUGCAGAAGGAGUGCGACCUCAUAUCAUCAUCAUGCUGACUGAUGGGCAGGCUACUGUGGGCAUCAAGCAUCCAGAAACAAUAUUGAAGAAUGUGAGGGAGAGGAACAAGGAACGAGCAUCUAUAUUUUGCCUUGGCUUCGGCAAAGAAGCUGAUAUGAAUUUGCUAGAGAGAAUAGCACAUCAAAACCAGGGUAGUGCUCGCAAAAUCUAUGAGGAUAUCGAUGCUGCUGAACAAUUAAAAGGAUUCUACCAGGAGCUGUCUACGCCCCUUCUCUUGGAUGUGCAGUUUAGCUAUUCCGAUGAUGCUGUUCAGAUGAAUAGUCUUAGUAGCACCCACUUCUACAACUACUUCCAAGGUACUGAGCUGGUAGUGACAGGACAAACAGAAUUAGACAAUUUGAGUGGGAUAAAAGCCAACAUCACUGGACAAGGAAGGAACGGACACUUCUUCAUGGGUGUAACAGGCUGGAAUACAGUUAAUCCGCCUGACAAGCACCUUCUUUCACACUUGCAUCUUGCUCCUACACCUAAGAACUUCAUUGAAAGGUUAUGGGCUUUCCUGAAAGUAAAGGAUCUACUUAACGAAGUAAAAGCAGCCAAAGGAAACCAUGAGAAAACUUCGGCACAGAGAAAGGCUUUGAAAAUAGCACUUGAGCAUCAUUUUGUUACACCACUGACAUCUUUGGUGGUAGUACAGCCAGAUCAAGAGAACUGCAAGGAUUACGAGGAUGAUGAUGAGGAAGAGGAAGUAGAAGAAGGCACUCUUGAUCAAACAGCAGUACCGAAAAUGGAUGAUAAUUCAUCCCUUUCUGACUCCUUGGAUACACAGGACUCAGUUGUCAGAGUUUUUGAUCCUGCCUCCAUUCAGGUUGUCAGUAACGAUGAAGAAUGGCACGAUUACGAGCCGGCUAGCCAGGAAAAAUCACAUUAUGCAACUAUUGCUUGGGGUGGAUCAUGUGCAAAUUAUCCAUCAGUCCCGCUGUUAAUGAUAACCAUGAUUUUACUUACCAGCAUCUUCGCGAGUCAGACAUCAGAGCUAAGGGUACAGUUGCCAGACAAAUGACAGUACUUAAAAAGAAGUACUUCAUGAUAACCACCAAGAAGACAAAUCUGUGGCCUGUCAAACUUGAGGACCGUAUGAAAGUUAGUGAAUAGUGACAUUAUCGCAUUGUGCCAC